AUGAAAGGGUACCAUGUCAGCCGCAGCCUGUCCCAGCACUCCAGUGGGGGUCCAUGUGACUGCGAUGGCCCCGGCAGAGACCACUACCAGGGCCACGGUGAUGGACACUACUAUGGAGCAGAGGCUCUGGCUCUGGAGAGGCAUCACUCCCACUCGCACUCUCAUAGUCACUCUGGAGGGGGCACGUUCCCACGCGCUCACCCCAGCCAGCACACACCCAUGCAGUCCUUUGACUCCUGUGAAGAGUGCCUCUCCUCAGGUCAUGGGGGUAAGAUGCAUCGAAUCCCUCCCAACUUGAUGGACCAGUUUGAGAAGCAGGUUCCUUUUCACCCUGAUGGCUUUCAUACUUUGCAAUACCAACGCUCAGUCAGUGGGGGCGCUGAACAGCGCAGUGAGAGCCCAUCACGCAUUCGCCAUCUGGUCAACUCUGUGCAGCGGCUUUUUGCCAAGUCCCACUCUCUAGAAGCGCCAUCUAAACGGGAGUACAAUGGUAUGAGAGCCGGAGGGGACUACCGCAGUGAGCGAGGAGGAGGACACCGGAGUGGUGGGGAGGAUGGGGGUGGACACUAUUCGGGACACCAGUCUCGUUCAACCAGGAGGACCAAGUCCAGAGAGCGCAGUAAAAGCGGCGACUCUAGACAUGAGUCUGGCCGGCGUCACCGCAGUCGGACCGCGGGCUGGUGGAGCUCAGAUGACAACCUUGACAGUGACAGUGGGAUCCUGGGGGACAGCAGGCGUAGAUACCCCCAGGGACAUGAGAGUUUGGAUGCUGCCAUACAGGAGCUCACUAUGAAGAAGUCAAAGGAGCGUGGAGGGGGCCCAGGACACGGGGAGUGCAUGGCCUGCACCACCAUCGCUCUGGCAGGAGGGGAAGGACAUCAUGGGCACCAUGGGCACUCCCUGAAGAGGAGCACCUGGUCGGCCAUGACAGUCAGUCAGGCCAGAGAAGUGUAUCCCUCGGCCAGGGGCGGGGCCUAUGACAAAGCCUUGGUGCCAAUAGAAAGCAAAAUGAAGGAGAGGAGCUUCCACUACCUCCAGGUGCCCUCUGAAGACUGGGGAGGAGCCUUCUCAGGAGGAGGGGGCAACGACGUGGGGGGUGAGAUCCCGUGUCGCCGCAUGAGGAGCGGUAGUUACAUCAAAGCCAUGGGUGACGACGACUCCGCGGACUCCGAAGCCAGUCCCAAAGCCUCGCCCAAGUCCACCCUGAUUGCCCAGCGGGAGGCCUUCAGGCGCUCUGUCAGCAUGGAUCAAAGGUACUCGUGUAAGCAGUGCACAGACCCCUAUCCCAGCAACAGGACGGCCCCCAAAAGCCACGCCCGCUCUCGGAGCUACACCCGCUCCCUGACCAGUGCCCAGCUGGGAGACACGCUGAACCGUCAGUUUGAGGCGGUGUGUGAGACCAUGUUUGGAGAGGUGGAGUCCCAGGCGGUGGAGGCUCUGGAUCUGCCCGGGGUGUUCCGCACUCGCAGCCACAGCUACGUCCGGGCCAUCCAGGCGGGCUGCACCCAAGAUGACGACUGCCUCUCGGUCUUCUCCAUGUCCGCCCCACAGGGAGGCGUGAAGAGCGGGGCAGUCUUUCCUUAUUGUAAAGGUGCACCUCCUCCGCUCCCUCCUCGCAUGUCCAAGUCAUCACUGUCUGUGCGGGCGCAGAGCAGCACAGAGUCCACCCAAGACGCAUACUUCCAGAGCGCAGCAGGACGUACCAAGCCCCACAGUAACUCCGUGGACCUGGGCAGUUCAGACGGCAUCACCGCACGAUCCCCCAGGGGGGGCUACUACACUGGGCCAGGCCGUGCCAGGCACAGUAACUCCGCAGAGAGUCUGGAUGGGGUCCGGGGCUCCAGAGAGAUUGUCCCGUACGGAGGGGGCCCAGGGGUCGGUGUCAGGGCCAAGCACAGCAGCUCCGCAGAUAGCCUUCUGGAGGGGCCGCCCAGACAAGUGCGAGACGGCAGGGCCGUCGGGAGCUUAGGGAAGUCCAGCUCUCUGCCCCAGAGCAGUAUGGUGCUGAGCAAAGUGGUGACUGAAGAGGGGCGGCUGGCAAGGAAGUGGAGGCCGUCUAUCGCUGUGCAGGUGGACAGUUCUGAGACUCUUUCUGACUCAGACGCAGAUGCAAAAGCCCUAACUGAGGUUCAUUCUAUAGGAGUUCAAGUGGAAGAGGAUAAACGACGGGCUCGUUUCAAGCGCUCCAACAGUGUGACGGCCAGUGUGCAGGCCGACCUGGACCCAGAGGGCUUCCCGGGGCUCAGCAUCGCCGUGCCAACGCAGGAUAAAAGUCUCCAAUUCGGCUGCUCCUUCCAAAGGCACUCAUCAGAGCCCGAGUCGUCCGGCCAGUUCAACGAAUGCCACCGCACUGUGCACACGCAGGGGGAGUGGGCCUACAGAGAGCAGGACUUCAUCCAAAGUGGCUUCAGCACCGAGCCCUGCCCCGUCAACAGCAGACCUCACCAGCACCCACACCUGCCUCCUCGCACACACUCUCCACUGCCCAUCACGUCUGAGCGCGCCUGGGCUGGGACGCCAUCUCUGGAGGGGCCCCGGAGCCUCCCGGACUCGGGCCGAGCUUCGCCCUGCAUGAGGGACGGGGAGUUCUUCUUACGCCUGCUGCAGACGGAGGUGGACAGGAUGGAGAGCUGGUGCUCCAACAUGGAGAGAGAGGCGGAGGAGAACGAGCUGCCAGAGGAGGUCCUGGAGCUGAUUCGCAACGCAAUUGGCAGCACCCAGAUGCUCAUGAAUCAGAAGGUGCAGCAGUUCUUCCGACUGUGCCAACAGAGUGUGGACCCCUCGGCCUACCCCCAGCCCACAUCUCAGGACCUGGCCAGCUUUUGGGACCUGUUGCAGAUCAACAUCGAGGACGUUCGGGUCAAGUUCCAGGACCUCCAGAGACUGAAGGACUCUGGCUGGAGGAUUCCACCUGAAAAGAAGGAGGACAAGAAGCCUCCUCCUCCCUUACCAAAGAAGUCCAUGGGUGGCGUGAGCGGCAGCCUGAGAGCGGACAGCGUUGGCGAUACAGGGGGUUCCGGGGGUCUGGUGGUGCCCCGCGUGGGUGGACACACUCUGCCCAUGAGGGAGAAGUCUCUGGAGCUCGGGGAUCGCAGCCGGACUGAGGCGAGGAGGAGGUUGCUGCAGACCAAGCGCACACCGUCGUUCAGGCAAAACUCAGCCACAGAGAGCGCCAGCGACAGCAUCGAGAUCUACAUCCCUGAGGCUCAGACACGCCUCUGA